GUGACCCGGUAGCCAAUGGGAGGCCGCGCAGAGCCUAGUUGUAAUGUUUCGGAUGGGGGCACGGGGCAAGCUGACGCGGGGCGGGGAGUUUGCAGCUCUCUCGAUCCAGAGCGGAACCGGGGCAGGAAGGAGGACGGCGGCUGUUGCUGCGUGCCCGAUUCUCCUUGCAGAAAGGGUAAACGAUGCCUGAAGUCUUCUACGAUGAGUGACGCUGAAAGAAAACAGUUUGGCUCCAUGGAAGAAGAAAGGAAUUACUGGAAGGAGCUGGCUACUAAAUAUAAACAGUGCGCAGAGAACGCCCAAGAAGAGCUGCGUGAGUUUCAGGAAGGGAGCCGGGAAUAUGAAGCAGAGCUGGAGAUGCAGCUUCAACAGACAGAGUCUCGGAACAGAGACCUCCUGUCGGAGAACAACAGGCUAUGGAUGGAGGUCGAGUCGGUGAAGGAAAAGAUCACAGCGCAGCACUCCGAAGGCAACCAGCAGAUCUCCGCCCUGGAGGAAGAGCUGGCGCAGACCAAGGCCAUCAAAGACCAGCUGCAGAAAUAUAUCCGGGAGCUCGAGCAAGCAAACGAUGACCUGGAAAGGGCAAAGAGAGCCACGAUAAUGUCUUUGGAAGACUUUGAGCAGCGUAUGAACCAGGCCAUAGAAAGGAACGCCUUCCUGGAGAGCGAGUUGGACGAAAAGGAGAACCUUUUCGAAUCGGUGCAGCGGCUGAAAGAUGAAGCUCGAGAUUUACGUCAAGAGCUGGCUGUGCAGCAGAAACAGGAGAAACCCAGGACCUCGGUAGAAGAUUCACUGGGAUCGGAACGGAUGGAUACAGCUGUACAAGUGACCCCUUCUGGGCCUUCGACUCCUAUAGGCCCUAGCACUGGAAUGAGCACCCCCGGAACAUACAGAAGAGGUUUUGAGGAUGGCUACAGUGCAACCCCACUCACGCCAGCAGCCCGGAUAUCGGUGCUCAACAUCGUGGGAGAUCUCCUCCGAAAAGUUGGGGCGCUGGAAUGCAAACUGGCUUCUUGUCAAAACUUGGUGUACGACCAUGCGCCGUACCGAAGCCCUUUACCCCCGCCAGUCCAUUUCGAUAGAGAUGCCUUUGAGAGACGGCUGAGUGGCCCCUACGGUCCCCAAGGGAUGGUUAAAAGGCUGGAUUUGGGGACUCGGCCGUCAAACCUCGCAGGGCCGGUGAGCCUUACUCCACAAGGGGUAGUCUAGUUGCUUCUCUGAGGGACCACUAGCCCAGAAUGCCUUCCUCUGUAUGGAAACUUGGUUAAUUUUUCGGUUUUUAAUGGAAUACUAACACUCACAGCCUCUCGCCUGGGAUAGGAGACUUGUAGAAAUGCAGGGGUACACAGAGACAGUUGGCUGCAUCUUUUUCUACCAGACUGGACCCCCCCAAGCCUGGUGGUUGCUGUGCUACAGUAGAAGGGCAAUGCCACGCACGCAAGAUCUCCUGUGGAAGAUCCACCAUAAAGGCCUGUGUCGAUGUCCUGGCCGGGAGAAACUCAAGCGGCAACUGCAAGUCCCAUGAUGUUGGAUGGAUCUGCCUUCCCAUUGCACUUUGAACUUCUUAAAUCAACCACAGUAGCUGUGCAUCCUGCCAGAAGUUGAUGGUGGCAUUAGUGUGACAUCUGAGUCAGCCUUCUGCUGGAAUCCAGCAUUGCUGGGCCCUGAAUCUCAAUUGCAAAUACAACUGGUGAAGAAAACAGCUGCUUAAAAGAUUGGGGGGGGGGGCUUCCAUGCCUAUCAGUAUACUUGGUCCUGAUGUAAUGCGAGUCUGUGUUUACCUGGGGGAGCCUUUGCAGCCCCCAUUUCCCUUCACUGCAGGAUUUUCAUCUUGUUUUGACAGCUGUCAAACUCCUGCUGACGAGGGUUAUUUACGCCUGCGUAGGAAUUCUUAAUCUGAUGCGUUGCUAUCGCAAUACUGUUUUUCAAGUUUGGGGCUUUGAGGCGUCAGUUGUUUGUAAAGAAGCAGAGUUUGCAUUGUGUUAAAUUGCGGGGGGGGGGAAGCAGGGGCCCUCCCAGAUGGUGUUGGAUUCCUACUGCCCAUUGGGCCCAGGCAGUUGGAGGGCACCAUGCUGGCAACCCCAGCAAAACAAAGCUACCUUUUUGGUUUGUGUGCCUUGGGUCCAAUAACUACGCAGCCCCACUCUUGUGCAGGCCACACCUUUUCAGUGGCCUUGGGAUUGGUUGGGAGAUAGCCCAGAUUCUCCCCUUGAAAUAUACAGUGAUGUUGACUACAGAAUUUAAAGUUAUCCUGGAAAUUUCUUUGUGUGAUGGGAACGCUGUGACCCUUGUUAUUUGGAUGAGGGUGGAGUGACACUUUGGGCUGAUUGAGGGGUGACAAGUUAACAGCAGCUGUUUUUGCUCCUUUUCAUCUCUUCCAUGUGUGUUCCCCAGUCCUCCCCUGCUAUAAUGCAGUUCCACCACCAGCUGGAGCCACUUUAAUCUUCUGGAAAUUAUUUUCCAAAACUUUUUUUUUAAAGCAAGCCUGCACUGGCAGAAGCUAAAUGAGAAAGGAUCUUCUCGAUCAUCCCAGAGUGCAGGACAUGGAAUAAUGGGCUCAAGUUGCAGGAAGCCAGAUUUCAACUGAACAUCAGGAAAAACCUAACUGUUAGAGCGGUAUGACAAUGGAACCAAUGUCCUAGGAAGGUGGUGGGCUCUCCGCCACUGGAGGCAUUCAAGAGGCAGCUGGACAGGCACCUGUCGGGUAUGCUUUAAUUUGAAUUCCUGUAUUGAGCAGGGGGGUUGGACUCUAUGGCCUAAUAGGCCCCUUCCAACUCUACAAUUCUAUGAGGGCAUGGUUGAGAGACUGUCUUAUAAGGCUUCCUGUAACUGUUUUAAAUAGACCAAGUCUCUGGUCCUCUGUGUGGGCAGACAAAAGCUUGACAGUUUUUGCCUUUCUGCCUAAAGCUGGGAACCUUUGCAUCAUCCUAGUGCCUUUUCUCUGCACGCAUAAUGCCAACGAAACUUCGUAACAGCCUCAGUGAUUUUAUAAACCUUUAUUAGUGUGUUUUUAAGCACGAAAUUCGUUGAAAACAACAGCAGUUUAUGACUUUUUCAUUUUUCAAAAAAAAGAAGUGAUGAAGAAAGGCACUUUGAUCCUGUGAACUGGGUGGGAGGGGUGCAGAAUCCGGGGGGGGUGUGUGUGACUGUACCUGAAACUGAGUUAAGGAGAGGAAAUGAUGGGGUAGCAAGAUUAGAAAAAAGGCCAAAUGGGUUUCUGUCCGGCUGUUGGCUUUUCGCUCACACCACAGUGUUGCCUUUCGCCCUCAGUCAAAUGCAAUCACUCCGGCGUAACACCUGGGGGGGGGGAAAUAGUAAUUCUGCAACAGCUAGGAGUGUUGGUGUAUAAACUGGAUUAAAAGGCUGCUGUGCAAUCAUCGAUGCCGGGAGGUGGGUGGUGGUGGCUUUGGGAUCAUUCAAGCGGCAUACAGUGCUACAAUUGCCCCUCCUUUUAAAAAUAAACUCAUUUAGUUUGGUGCAGAAUGAAAA